CCAGGACUUGCUGACGGGCGCCGCGUUGGAUGACGCGUCCUAUCGCGAGGGAUUGGCAUCUUUGGAGGAUUCCAAGUCGGGCCUAAAUGCCAAGCUUGCAAAAAGCGGGAUGGGUCCGAAGGAUUUCUCCUUCCUCCUCGAAGGUGACGCCAAGGUGACAAGCCUGGAAGCCGCUACGCCUUUUGGAGCGCGGCGACUGGACCUGCCCAGGAGAAGCUCCGAGAAGCCCAGCCGUCGUUCGGGAUCUGACCGCACCCAGGCCGCUUCGGCGCCGAGCCCGCGGAAAGCGGGUCCGACCAAGAAGAGGCCGCCGGUCACAUUGCCACAGGCCUUCCCUCAGAAGUCCAACAAGAGCGACUUGCGUGAGGCAGCCUUGAGAUCCCGCCCUGGGCCAUGCUCUGAGACGGGCUCCAGCGUGCAGUCCGAGGGUGUGGAGGCUACAGAAGAAGAGUGGGAACAUCGAGAGUCGAUGCGCGCCAAGGCGGUGGCACAAUGUAAGGCAUCUCCAGAGUACCAGAGGUGUCAACGCCUGCGCACUGGGGCCGAUUCGGAGCCACUGACUCCGAAUCACGCGGAUCGAUCCAUUAGCAAAAGACAGUGGAAGUUCCUGCUGCAAAGAUGGCGAUACGAGAUGCAAAGAUACCUGGAAGAACACGAGGCUCCAGAAACCUGUUGAGGAACCUUCCAGGCCUUUGGGUGCAAGGAUCGUCUUCCGGAGCGUGCGAACAACUCGAAUCAGCCAACAGCAGCAUCGGGGAGUGGGGCUGCCAUCAUUUAUGGCUGAAGAGGUUGGCGUGUUCCGCUGAGGAAAAAACUGGAGAAAUGAUCAAGCAUGUUCCGUCGAAAUCCG